AUUAUCAUUCCGGGUCGGGCCGGCCCACCCAAACGUUCCAUCUUUAGCAGUAGAAGUUAAGAAUCCCAGGGCCCACUAAGGUCACCAUUUCUCCUCCUCCGUCGCCGGCGACUCGCCGAUGCCCCUGCCCGUCUCCGGCCACCGCGGUCUCCUCCUCCUCCUCCUCCUCGUGCUCGUCGCGCUCCCGGCGCUGCUCCCGAGGUGCGCGGGCGAGUCAGUGACGUGCCUCGCCGUGUACCGCGAGGGCGGCGCGCCCGCGGUGUUCCAGUCCGCGCACUGCCCGCGCUGGACCCUCCUCCCCGGAGGAGAUGGGGAUGGGGGCCAGAGCUCGCCGAGGGCGUGUCACGUGGCGGCCGACCGCGGGCGCCGGCGCUCACAGGAGGAUCGCGCCGUCUGCGCCCUCGGCAUCCGCAUCCCCUUCAUAGGUACAUCGCAGCAGAUGAGGAUUAAAGAGGCUGAUGUGGGAGUUGUGGCUGUAUUUGAUGGACAUAAUGGAGCUGAGGCUAGUGAGAUGGCUUCUAAGCUUUUGCUGGACUACUUUUUGCUCCAUGUGUAUUUUCUUCUUGAUGGUAUAUACUCCAUCAUGUUCAAAAAAUCUACUGGGAAGCUGACAUAUAGGGAAGUUACUAUUCUUAACAAUGUACUUAAUCUGUACAAGGUGGAUUUAUCCAAUCACAGAGAGGGGUCAUGCUGGACAUCACCGGCUAUUUUAGAUCGAUCAUUUCAUAUGGAAAUUCUGAAGGAAUCGUUAACGAGGGCAAUUCAUGAUAUUGAUUUAACAUUCUCCAAGGAAGCUUCACGGAAAAGUUUUGAAUCUGGUUCAACAGCGACUGUGGUCUUGAUAGCUGGUGGACAAAUCAUAGCUGCCAAUGUAGGAGAUUCAAAAGCUUUUCUGUGCUCAGAAGGACAUGAUUCACACCCUCAAAGUAGGAAACGGAGAAGAAAGAGAAACUCAAGCAAUCAUGAUGAAUUUGCUUUGAUGAAUUAUGAUGGACCAUUGUAUCAUGUAAAGGAGUUGACUAAGGAUCAUCAUCCUGAUAGAGAAGAUGAGAGAAGCCGUGUGGAGACUGCUGGCGGUUAUGUUCUUGAGUGGGCUGGUGUAUAUCGUGUAAAUGGUGAGCUAGCACUAUCAAGAGCUAUCGGCGAUGUUCCUUACAAACGGUAUGGUGUAAUAUCGACACCUGAACUGACAGGGUGGCAGCUUCUGUCAGCAAAUGAUAGUUUUCUUAUUGCCUCAUCUGAUGGGAUAUUUGAGAAAAUGACUAUGCAAGAUGUUUGUGACCUGAUGCUGCAUGUGAAACUUCGUGCUAACCGGGAAUUAGGAUCCUUUGAUAGCACACAGCAGAAUUUGGCAGAUUAUGUUGUUCAUCUUGCUUUGCAGAAAGGCACAACAGACAAUGUGGCUGCUGUGGUCGUUCCAUUGGGAUCACCAAGUAGCUCUGUUACUACAUUAGAGGAUUGGUCCCAUCUUGAAGAAAACUCCGAGACAUCUAUAACGCCUUUUCAGACUAUUCCUUACCUACUUAAACCUGCAGAUGAUGGCGCUAGUUCAGCUGUUAUGAACAUGGAGUAUUUCAAACGUUCAUCAACAAAGUUUCAGAGGUUCUUGGUUGAAGCAAAACUUAAGAGACUUGGCUGUUUCUACUUAUCUGAGAGUCUGGAUGAAGACAUGGAUUAUAUAUUUAGGGUACCGGAAGCAUAUCAGCGUCAAGAAGUCCAUGACUUCAAAUACACAUCAGUUGAGACUGUGUUAUCUUCUGAUGUGAAUCUUGAAAAAUAUAAGGACAGAAACUUUUGCUGGUACCUUGGUCAGCAAGAUGGUGAAAUGGAGCGGUGCAAUAGUCCCGAAGUUUUCGCAAACUUUUUUGGUUUGCUUGACUCUGUUCCACGUAAUGGAAGCAAACCAAAUGGUUCACAUUCAUUUGGCCACAAGAUAGCUGAUUUCAGGUACAAGCUGAAGAAAAGAUUUGACCGCGGUUCAUAUGGUGAAGUUUGGUUGGCAUUUCGUUGGAAUUGCUCUAUAGAUAUAGAUGUGCAUAAAGAUCCUCUGCACUCCACUAUACUUAAAUCGGACUCAGAUAAUUGCACAAGUUCAAACACAACGUCAUCUGAUGGAAGUCACGCCUCAGACACAAUAGAUGGUGAUUUAUUCAUACUGAAGCGCAUAAUGGUGGAGAGAGGACAUGCUGCUUACUUGAGUGGAUUGCGGGAGAAAUAUUUUGGGGAAUUAUUUUCAAAUGCUUCCAGAACUCUUGAAGGUUUGUCGAGGACAGAACCAUCAUCUACAGUAUUUUCAGUGGACAUGCAAUUUGAUCCUUAUAUCUGUCUAGAAAAGAACAUGUCAGCUACUGAAGAACCACUGAAGCAUGUGGCUAGGUUUAUAGAAUCUUUUGAAUCAGAAUCAAGGGAAAUUUGGCUUGUGUACCGUAAUGAAGGCCGCUCGUUAUCAAAACUGAUAUAUACAGCUGAAGAAACAAAGUUAGUUACUGGCGACAGUAAUGAGAGAGUCAAACACAUUCAAGUUUUACACCCAUCAAAGUGGUGGUAUUGGUUGAGAACAACAAAAGCUGGGCAAAAGCAAAUGCAAAAUCUCUUAUGGCAGCUGCUGAUGGGACUGAAGGCUUGUCAUGAUCGUAAUAUCACUCACAGGGAUAUUAAACCUGAGAACAUGAUCAUCUGCUUUGAGAAUGUGGAGACUGGAAAGUGUUUAAGAGAGGUUCCAUCUGAACCAAAGCAAAACAAGCUGAACAUGCGUCUUAUUGACUUUGGCAGUGCUAUUGAUGAUUACACGUUGAAGCAUCUUUACGGUUCAGGGCCUACUCGAUCUGAACAGACUUUUGAGUACACUCCUCCAGAGGCACUCCUCAAUUCAAACUGGUUUCAAGGAUCAGAAGGUGCAAGAAUGAAGUAUGAUAUCUGGAGUGUAGGAGUUGUCAUGCUGGAGUUGAUAUUGGGUUCUCCGCAUGUUUUCCAGAUAAGUGACCGUACACGUGUUUUAAUGGAUCAGCGACUCGAAGGGUGGAGUGAGCAAACAAAGGAGCUUGCAUACAAGUUGAGGUCAUACAUGGAGUUGUGCAUUUUAGUCCCAGGGAUUUCGUCUCAACAUCAAGGCAGUGUUAGCUCAGAACAGGGCCAAUUUGGGCUAGCUUCUUGGAAAUGCUCUGAAGAAUCAUUUGUGCAUCAAGUGAAGAUCAGAGAUCCUCUUAAACUGGGCUUUCCAAAUAUAUGGGCAUUGCGACUGGCACGCCAGCUACUAGUAUGGCAUCCUGAGGACCGCCUAAGUGUUGAUGAAGCACUGAACCAUCCCUACUUCCAGGAGCCACCAUAGACGAGGCAAUGAAGAGAUGUAACUACUGACUGGUGACCCUGUAACACGGGUCUUUCAAGUGUAACCAGCAACCAUUUGGCACGUUCGGUCAACGAGAUUGUAAAUCGUCUGCGGUUGUCGACCUGGUUGUGUCACCAAAUGUUGUAAAUAUGACAAUGAAACAAUGCAUAGUGCAAGGUACAUGCUGCAAGAGAAUGUAGGUAGAUGCUAGGAAAUGAAUGAAACCUUGUUACUUUGGCAGGACCCAAGAUGAGUUAAAAUGUAAUGGCGGCAAGGUGCAAAUAAAAUAUCAUGUACUAAUCCAUUAAAAAAGUACCAUGUACUAAUCCAUUCAAAAAAAUAUCAUGUACUGACACUUCUUGUA